UUUCAAAUGAUAGUUUUAUUGUUGAUUUGCAACGUGUGAAAUGAAUCUGAUUAGAUUAAGGCUUUUAGUGCAUUAGACGGUUCUGUUACGUGUGCUGGUUUUGUGGAGUUUGAUCUUCGACGCUGAUCUUCAAUUUACUUCGCAUUGCUUCGACCUAGUUCUUUGGUUCACCGGCUUUCGCCUCUACAUUUUUUGUGCAUUCCACGGUUGUGUAUUGAGAUGACUAAUGAACACUAUCCACGUUCAACAACUCAAAAUUAUUGUUGUUGUAAGAACACUGUCCUUGCUAUUGGUUAAGUUUGGAAAGAAAACCAAAAGGUGUGGAUGGAACUUGAAGCCAGCAAUCAGCCCAAGCAAGAGCGAUCAAGGACAAGAUGGACAGCAUCCCUUGACAAGAUAUUUGCAGACUUGGUUGUCAAGCAGAUUCAACUAGGAAAUAGACCAAACAAUGUUUUUGACAAGAAAACAUGGAAUCAUAUUCGGGAUGAGUUUAAUAGGCAAACAGACCUUAGUUUCAACAACAAUCAAUUGAGGAAGCAUCUAGAUGUUCUUCGGACCCGCUUCUACAAUUUGAAAUCCGCUUAUGAUCAGAAUAAUGAUUUUGUAAUGGAUGAUUCCUGUUGCAUUGGCUUUGAGCAGUGGGAUGAUAUAGGGGCACAGCCUAGGCACGAAACAGUUAAAGGGAAAGAUUGUCCAAUAUAUGAGCAACUGUGCGCAAUCUUCAUAGAUUCAGCAGCUGAUGGGAAAUAUGCCCAGUCUAGUCAUUAUGAAGAGCUGGACAAAUCUUUUGGAACUGAUGCAUCUGGCUUUACACCGUGUCUAGAAGCUAAGGUCUCACAUUAUGAAAACCCAUCAACAUCUAAAUCUAUUCCUGGGAAUAUCUCAACUUCUGAGAAGGUGACCAAGAAUUCUCUGGAUAGGAAACGGAAACGGUCGUACGAGACACAAACUACUGGCCUGGAUCAAGACACCUGCAAUGCUAUGGCAGAAGCCUUGUUAGAUAUGGUUGCUGUUUCAAGGUUAAGGGCAGUCGUUUCAAGUGUAAGUGAUGACAAGUUUUCCAUAACAAACUGCAUUAAGGCUCUAGAUGAGAUAGAAGACAUUGAUCAACAGCUCUACUUUUCUGCCCUGGAUCUCUUUGAGAACCCUAGCUUAAGGGAGAUAUUCAUUUCUCUAAAAAGUGUCAAGAUAAGGUUGACAUGGUUACAAGGAAAGUGCAGUAGAAGUCCCUUCCAUUAGAAAAUUCAAGUCUUCAGAAUAGAUUUCAUAGUCACAACACAAAAUGCUCAGUCUAUUAUACCCCCUUUUUGUUUGACUGUAAGUAAUGCCAUUCCUAGUUUCAACUUUUACAACCUGCCGUAGUUGUUUAUACAACGUGCUUUUUCAA